AUGAAUAGGCGUUCAAUUGUUGUUGUUCUCAUGGUUGUUAUAAUUCGAUGGAUAUUUGAUUGUUGGUUGUUGAUGUUAAAAGCAUGUUGUGAAGCUGUAAUAGUAUUAAAUACAUUCAAUCCAAAAUUUACUGAAUUUGAACUUGCCUUUCGUUUUUUCUUCUUAAUAUGCGCUAUUGUAACAACGUGCCUUUUUACAAAAUCGAUGCGUCGAUUUUCAAUUUUGGAUUGGUCAUUAGAACAACGAUGGAUGAUAUUUUUGCUCAUAUUUCUCGUUUUUUACAACGAUCCAUUUUAUCCAUUAACAUUCUUAGUAGAUAGUUCUUUUCCAUCAAUUCUUGAUGGAGUUUUACAAGCAACUUUUCUUUGUACAUUAUUACUUUUUUGGUUAAGUGUUUAUCAUGGAAUUCGUCAAAAUGUUCGUCGAUUUAUUCCAUUUUAUUUACCAAAAAUAAUACUUGUUAGUUUUCUUUGGAUAUUUUCUGUUGUACUUUCAUCAGUACGUAUUGGACAAGAAUUCCGUGAUCCAAUGUAUAAUAUGACAAUUGAUAUAAGACAAUUUACUACAUUUCGUAUUAUCUUCUAUAUUGUUGGAAUCGUUUAUAUUCUAUACUUAUUAUUUCUUAUUAUUCGAGCAUUUGGUGAACUUCGUAAUAUGCCGUAUUUUGAUGUUCGUUUGAAAUUUACAACUCUGUUAAUGCUUUGUGUCGUAUCAAUUUCAAUUAUUAUUACAACAUUACGAUUUGGUUCAGGCAUUAUUGAAGAAAAUUUCGUACCAGAACUAGCAUCACGUUAUAAAAAUUCUGUAGAAUUUCUAUCAUUCUAUAGUCUUAUAAAUUUAUAUCUUUAUACAAUGGCAUAUGUUUAUUCUCCAGCAAAAAAUGCUGCUGUUGAUUCAUUAUUUCGCGAUAAUCCAACAUUCUCAAUGAUUAAUGAUUCGGACGAAGAAGUUGUUUAUGGAUCUGAUCAUGAAGUAUCUCGAUUAACAUCAAUAGAAAGAUAA